AUUCUGAUAAUAUGAAACAACUUCAGGAUAAUCUUUUCAAUGAAAUCGAUCUUGCUUCGAACGAUCAUCAAAGAUGGAACACUGCUGAGUUUGACAUGCCCUCUAGACUCGGCAAGAUCAAUAACAUAGAGAAGUUUGACGCACAAUAUUUCGACAUUUCUAUGAUUGAAGCUCAUGUAUUAGAUCCUAUGGCUAGAAUGUUACUGGAACACACUUAUGAAGCAAUUAUUGAUGCUGGACUUAAUCCUGAAGAGUUACAUGGAACAAACACUGGAAUAUUUGUAGGAGCUUGUUUUUCCUCGACGUUUAAUGCAUUUGUGUAUAAUAAACCUCAGGUACAAAACUUGUUUGAUAUGAUAUCUUACGAUAAAUAUUAUAGUACUUCGGUUUUUACUUAAAAUGUUUUCAAUAAAAUCAUAGAGAGAAACAUUGAUAACACAUAUUUCAUUGUGUUUUUUUACGACACUUUCGUGAGUCAUCACUUCCAUUUUGAUAGAAUGUAGGAGCUAUAUUAAAACCUCAAUUUUGAUUUGAG